UGCAGUUCACUGCGUUUCCGUAGCCAGUUGGUUGCUACCCGCUGAGCCCAGACCGGGGAAACAGCUCACGGAAACGGUUGAUCCCGAUCGAAUAACGUCAAAGCUGGCAACAUAAAUGGCGAAUUAACACUGAUAUCGGAGAGGACUCGCUAAAUAAAUGUUCGUAACUCGGGUGCUUUUGGAGAGUGCGCUGGCAACACCCUCCGUAACAUGUGAGAUGUAUAGCUACAGAAAUAUAUUAACUGUGCGUUAUUUUGGCUAACUAGCUAGCAGCUACCCCCCAUUCUAUCCAAUUUAUGGUAGCUCGCGUGAUCUGUAUUCUCAACCGUCGCGUCUGUACCGGAGGAAAAUGAAGAAGUUUAACAUUAGGAAGGUGCUAGACGGCUUGACAGCGGCUUCUUCUUCCUCCUCCGCAACUGCCCAGCCGGGUACUCCCAGGGAAAACGAUGUUAUCCAGGAGACUCUCCAGUCGGAACAUUUUCAGCUUUGCAAGACUGUGCGUCAUGGCUUCCCAUAUCAACCAUCCUCAAUGGCUUUUGACCCUGUCCAGAAAAUCUUGGCCGUUGGGACUCAGAAUGGAGCAUUGAGGCUCUUUGGCCGUGCGGGUGUGGAGUGCUACUGUCAGCAUGAGAGCGGUGCGGCUGUCAUCCAGCUCCAGUUCCUGAUCAACGAGGGGGCGCUAGUGAGUGCCUUAGCUGAUGACAGCAUCCACCUGUGGAACCUGAGGCAAAAAAUCCCGGCAAUCCUACAUUCUCUCAAGUUCAACCGGGAGAGAAUCACAUACUGCCACCUGCCCUUCCAGAGCAAAUGGCUCUACAUCGGCACAGAAAGAGGAAACAUCCACAUUGUCAACGUGGAGUCCUUCACUCUCUCAGGCUACGUCAUCAUGUGGAACAAAGCCAUUGAACUAUCCACCAAAACACACCCAGGGCCUGUUGUGCACAUCAGUGAUAACCCCAUGGAUGAAGGAAAGCUUCUGAUUGGAUUUGAAUGUGGGGUUGUGGUGUUGUGGGAUUUGAAGUGCAAAAAAGCUGACUACCGCUACAAUUAUGAUGAGGCAAUCCACUCAGUAGCCUGGCACCAUGAGGGUAAACAGUUUGUUUGCAGCCACUCUGAUGGCACUCUGACCACAUGGAAUAUAAGAGCCCAAGCCAAGUCUGCACAGAUCAUCACACCACAUGGAAAGCAGCCUAAGGACGGAAAAAAGCCAGAACCAUGCAAGCCUAUUCUGAAGGUGGAGUAUAAAACAACAAGGGCUGGGGACCCAUUCAUGAUCCUGUCUGGAGGUCUGUCUUACGAUACAGUGGGGAGGAGAGCCUGUCUGACUGUGAUGCAUGGAAAGAGCACUGCUGUCCUAGAGAUGGACUACCCCAUCGUAGAUUUCCUAACGCUGUGUGAAACUCCAUAUCCAAAUGACUUUCAGGAGCCUUAUGCUGUGGUGGUGCUCCUGGAGAAGGACUUAGUUGUAAUAGACCUUGGACAGAUUGGGUACCCCAUAUUUGAGAAUCCAUAUCCUCUGACUAUCCAUGAGUCACCAGUGACCUGCUGUGAGUACUUUGUUGACUGCCCUGCUGAACUCAUUCCUGCACUUUACUCUGUCGGCAGCCGGCAAAAGAGACAAGGUUACAGCAAGAAGGAAUGGCCUAUUAGUGGAGGAAACUGGGGCCAAGGCACUCAGAGUUACCCAGAGAUCAUUAUCACUGGACAUGCUGAUGGGUCGAUCAAAUUUUGGGAUGCUUCUGCAUUAAUGCUUCAAGUGCUGUACAAGCUGAAGACUGCCAAGGUUUUUGAGAGGGCGCGCAGUAAGGAGGAGAAGGCAAACACAGAUAUAGUAGAGGAGGACCCGUUUGCCAUCCAGACCUUGUCCUGGUGCCCUGAGAGCAGGAUGCUCUGCGUGGCCGGGGUGUCUGCCCACGUUAUUAUCUAUCGGUUCAGCAAACAAGAAAUCACCACUGAAGUUGUGCAGCUUUUGGAGGUGCGGAUGCAGUGUGAGUUUAGCGACGGUGACUCCCCUGAUCCAGGAGGGGAUCAGACCCCCACCCUGCCCACCCCUGGAGCUUCCUCCAGCCCUCAGGAGAGUGAGCCUCCCACUCAGCCCUCCACAGGCAGCAACUCCUCCGACGGACCUCGGGACAAUAAACCAUGCCUGCAGGUGCGGAGCUCCCCGCUGAAGCAGUCUCCGGGCUACCAGGUGGAGCUGGUGAUCCAGCUGGUGUGGGUGAGCGGGGAGCCACCUCAGCCCAUCACCAGCCUGGCUAUCAACUCCUCCUACGGCCUUGUUGUGUUUGGAAACAGUAAUGGUCUAGCUGUGGUGGACUACCUCCAGAAAACUCUGCUGCUCAACAUGGGCACAUCGGAGCUGUACAGCCCAUCUGACCCCUACCAGAGGCAGCCUCGCUCGCCACGCAAAACACGGCAGCCCUCUGGAGACAAUCCAACUAAGACGUCUUGCAUGUCCCGACUUUCUUACUUGUAUUCUGAGUCUGUGAAAAAACUACGUUCAUCUCACUUGACAACCCUCGAUUCCAACGAUGGGUCCAACACCUCAGAGGACCGCUGCAAGUCACCUACUUCAGGAUCCACCUCACCUUGCAAUUCUGAUGAUGAGCGGAAACAGAAGUUCAUUGAGAAGGUGAAGUUCACAAGCAGACGCUUUUCCAAGACGGUUGCCAAUGACUUUGCCAAGAUGUCACGGAAAAUUAGCUUGUCUAGCGAGCAAAAGCCAGACCUGGCAGAAGAGAAGUUCCAGCGAUGGCGCUCUCUCGCAAAUAAGAAGCGCUUUUGUUACAUGAACGAAGGCAAGGCGGCGGCCAGGAUGACCCAGAAGGGGGCUGUCUGUAGAACUAAAUCAGGUCCCAACUACUAUGCCAAGGAUAACGCUUUCACCCGGUCGCGUAGUUCAAGUGUAACCAGCAUAGACAGAGAGUCCCGAGAGGCCAUCUCCUCCUUUCACUUCUGUGAGAGUUUUCCCAGGAAGACGGACAGCGUGGUCAGCCCCUGUCUGCUGGUGGGAACCACCCAGGGCACUGUGAUGAUGGUGGCCCUCAGCCUGCCGCCCCCUGGGGACCACAGGCUGCAGCAACCCGUUGGCAUCUCCUCCUGUGGCACUUUGGUCACACUCAAAGGAGGCAUUUUGACUAUGGCCCUGUUGGACGCCACUGGAACUUUGCUGCCCCCUUCCUACGAGCCAUGGUACGACCCAAAUGCCUCAGACGAGGAGAAGGAGAAAAGCCGGAGGCGCAGGCCAGCCUCCCCUCCCUCGACACAAGAGGGUCAAGAUUCCCAGUUCGCUGUGCUGUGUUCGGAGAAACAGGCCAAGGUGGUGGCCAUGCCCUCCCAAACCCGCAUCUACAAACACAACAUCACAGAGUCCUCCUUCGUGCUGAGGGCUGAUGUUGUGCAGAUGGCCGGAGCUUACUGCAUCGCGUGUUUCUGUGCUAACGGCCAUAUCAUGACCCUGAGUUUACCCAGUCUACGGCCUCUGCUGGAUGUGAACUACCUGCCGCUGACAGACAUGCGGAUAGCCAGAACGUUCUGCUUCUCCAACCUGGGUCAGGCCCUGUACCUCACCUCCCCCACAGAGAUCCAGAGGAUCACUUACAGCCAGGAGACCUGCGACAACCGGCAGGAGAUGCUCAGUGAGUUGUUUACCCCUGUGGAGACACCAGAGGCUCCUAACAAAGGUUUCUUCAAAGGCCUGUUUGGGGGUGGCGCUCAGUCCCUGGACAGGGAGGACCUCUUUGGUGAAACAGGUGCUGGUAAGGCCUCUCGUAGCUUGGCCCAGCACAUCCCAGGCCCAGGAGGCAUGGAGGGCAUGAAAGGUGCAGCGUCUGGGAUUGUGGGAGAUCUGGCCCGCGCCCGGAUAGCUCUGGACGAGAGAGGGCAGAAACUGGGCGAGCUGGAGGACAGAACGGCAGCCAUGAUGUCCAGCGCAGAUUCCUUUUCCAAACAUGCUCAUGAUAUGAUGCUGAAGUACAAAGAUAAGAAGUGGUACCAGCUCUGAUGGCAGCGUGUGGAGCAUCAGACUCUGUAAUCACUCUCACCAGUAUCUCUAAGGAGCUGCAAGUCCUGCUUCUUCUCUUCUUUAUUUCUCUCCGUGGGGUGGGGGGAGUUCUGCUCAACAGACUCAUGCUUUUAUUCUCAGCACAAUAUCAUACAUUCUGGAUUACCUCAGUCACCAGAGGACUGCCGCGGAGUAGACACUGGCCGACCCAACGUAACGAGAAUGGAAAGAAAUGGAAGAAGAGAAGCUCUUAGGAAUCCCUCUUUCCAUUUAACCUGAAUUAACAUCAGUCUGCAGAACAGGAGAGAGGUGACCUUUCAUAUCCAUCAGUCACACACUCAUAUAUAUCUCACAUAUAAAUAUAUAUACUGUAUAUCUACACACACUGCUGUUUUGUUCUAAAGGAGGAAAGACAAUUCUGCAAAACAUGUACUUGUGGUGGCCUGAUUGCAAUUGUUCUUUUUUUCCUUUCUCUACCCUUUAUGGUGUUUGCCAAACAGUGGACUUAAAUGAGGAGAAAAGUCUGAAGAUCCCUUGUCCUUCGUAUCUAAUUAAGUCAAUGAAGAUCUAAGUUUCUGUAGGAAUGAUUGAAUCAAUGAAGGACUUGAGUUGCUGUUUGUUUUUCUGUUUUAAAUUAUUUUUUUAAGUGUUCAACUUCUGUCCUUAUGCUAAUUUGUUUAUGUCAAUCCAAGAAAGGGCCUUUCAAGCACUGAGAACCAUUAAAACUAGACAGGGAGAUGAUGAAUCUAUUGCCUCUCACCGAAUAAGGGCUGGUAGUACACUAGUUCAUCACCGACAAGUUCUUUUACACAGGAUUUUCCAACCAAGCUGUUUUAAGGGAGAAAGACAAAUGGCGUGUUUUCUGAGAGUCACUUUGGUUUUAUAUUAAUUAGACAAUUUAUUGGAACCCUAUAGAUAGAUAGAUAUAUAAUAGCUAGGAAAUAAAAGAAGUGUCUAUGUUAUGUAUUGGAUUUUUAAUUUUUUCUUUUGGUCAAUUAAAUGCGCAAAAAAAGUGAUACAAAUGUUUACCCCUAAUGAAGAGUUUACAUUUAUCGGUCAGUAAAGAGAAGAGUUGAUACACUGGAAAACCCCUGAAGUCUUAUAUUCUUCUAGCUUUCAAGGGGCGGUAGCUAAGUCACGGAUGAGAAGCAUGAUGUGUUGUAGGGCAAGACAAAGAAUGUCUUUAAUGCUAUUGGCAUAAAUGUAUAUUUUGGCUACAAUUACUUUUUUUUUUGUUAUAAAGUUUCUAUGUGUACAUGAUUAUUCAAAUUUCUUUUGGGCAUUCUGUCUGUCAUAGCGGAGUUGUGUCUCGUCUCUGUGUGUAAGGACAAAAAAGCUUUUGUCUCUUACAGCGAAAUGGUGAUGCUGUCUGUGUGUUCGUAGCUGCCAGAAGAAAUGACCAAGCACCACAGAGUGUUCCACGCAGUGCCAUUGGCCAUCUCUGAACCAACGUGUGUGUGUGUGUGUGUGUGUGUGUGUGUACACACAUAUAUUCAGGAAUAUGUGUAUGGACGCCAAUAUUUAUAAUAUUACAUAGAUACAGUGUACUACAAAAGGUCUUUUAAGGUUUUUGCUUGACAGUGGUUUUCAAUGUGGUUUAUUAGAAUUCUAUUGUAAUUAGAUUUCUUUUUCAUGACAGGCAAGGAUAUGCUGCUAUUUCUGUCAAUGUAGGGGCAUUUUCUGUUGGUCUUUUAUUUUGAAAAGAGAGACGAGACUUUGUCAUUCCAGAUUGCUGCCAAAUGUUGUAAAUAAGGGGACAGCUGGACACAAAUCUGACAGUGCAGGUUCAGGCAACGUUACAUACUGUACUUUUGCAGCCACGUUCUUUUCCGACACCAAAGAGUUGCUUAAUUUCACAGAGUUGUCUUGAUUUUUCCUAAAUGGUAAGAGACAGUCUGGAGACCAUGCACCAAGCACUCUUAAGUCAAGAAGUCUGCUGUGUGGAGGGUGGAGGGGGGGAGUGGAUCGACUUUAGCUUCUUCUUAUAGGCAUGCCACCCUCAUUACUCAAACUGCUGUACAUGUGUUCAGAUAACAGGCAAAGUGAAUUUGAAGAGUUGAAUUCCAAAAUAAGAUCACGUACCACUGAUGGAAAAUGGUUGCAGUUCCAAGAUAGAUACACAGCAUUUUGGAAUAAAACGCUUCCCUUUAAGCUGUCUGAUUUGAAACUCAUCUGAAACAGCAGUUAUGUGAUUUUUGCACUAUUUUUUGUACUUAAUAAUUUUGUUUGAAUUAUUUUAAUGUGUUUGUGUUUUCGCGUCACAUUUGCUUGUUUUCGAAAGGACCAAAACAUGACAGUACCUAUGUUUUUAACUAUAACUGUGUCAUUUGCCAAGGAUGCUAAUUGCUUCACUCUCAGAUUUGUUUUCAACGUCAGGUUAAUGAUACUAUUAUAUAUUUAUAUAUUUGAAAACAAAUAUAUACAGUAUAUACAUUUAAUUUUAAUCUAUUAAAAUCAAAUACCUUUAAUGUAAUUUUUGAAAUAACUCACAUUAAUGUCCAAACAAUGGUUGUGCAUACAUCAUCCAGACAUGACAAUAAACCGUUUUUGGGUUAUAUAUUCGACAUGCUCAUUUCAGAUUCAAGCUUUGCUACUGCAGGAGGGUCAUCUCCUCUUGGUGGGCCACUGAGUCUUUCUGCAAAUUGUGGCCUCAAUGCUUCAGUUUGCAACAUAUAUGGUCUAAAUGGUCUCUUAUUGCACAUUGAAGGAUGCAUGAUAUUAGGUGUUUACAAACUUGAAACAACCAUGUAUUAUCCCUUUUAGAGAUUUGUCUGUUUUUGGCAUUUUUAUCCACCACCAUGUUGAUCAAAACUGAAGUCCUCAUCACACAUCUAAAGGUGUCCCAUUUUCAUUUAUUCAUGCCAAUUGUAUAACUGUGAGAGAUUCUAUUUAUGUUAUUGGUACAUAUGUUUCUGUCAUUGUUUGCUUCAUGAAAUCUCUUGCUUUCCCUGCGCUGUAGACAUGCGUAGACAUCAAAGCUAGGCUCACAGCACCGUGCAGGAGAACUCGAGGGUUUCUCAGUCGCCAUACUUCCAUCCAUCUGUCCGUCUUCUGGGAUGAAUAUCUGUGGAGUUGCAGUAUUUUCUCAUAGUAGGCAAUUUUUGUACAGUUUUAUUAAAACAAAUUUCACAUGGAUGUAUGACUUAAUCUGCUGCCACAAACAAUUUAGACUGUAGAUACAUUAUAUAUAGAUAUUAUUGUGCAAUGGAAAAAUAAAUGUAAAACCAAUCAUAA